AAGAAAACCGUAGAGAAUCACCUGGGAGCCCCAGUAACAAUAUGCAGCUUUUUGGAAUACAUAUAGUGGUAGAACUCCUUUUAUCACACACGCGCCGCCAGCAGUGAAGUUCCUUUUUCUGAAUCACAACAAAGAGAAAACCGAGACAAAUGAGAGCAGGCGUUUUUAUGGUUAGGGUAAAGUGUAGCCAGCGCUAUGACAGAGACAGAGAAGCUUUUAGUUCUGUGCGAAGAUAAUCCGCUACAUAGUAUCGGGAUCAAGUACUAAUACAUAAUCGCUGCAAUUCGCUAUCCUAGUUGUCUACUACCGCAGGUUUCUUCUGAUACUCAGCCGCUGCAAAGAUGUAUAAUCUUCUACGUAAUGCAAAUUCGUCUGAGUCUGGGAGGCAUGCAAACCUUCAUAAUUGUGGAGUUGAGAAGAACAAGAAGCAACAGAAAAAGUUUCUUUUUCUUUUUCUAUUGCCUCUUGUCCUUGUUCAUUCCCAGUUUACUGUUUUAGUGCUGCAUAAAUGCACCCUGUUGUAAUGCUGCUUACGCAUUGGAUCGGUGUAUGAGAGGAGUAGCGUGGACGCGCAAAUAAAAGAAAAGUAUUGGUAUUCAUCUUGAAUGAAAGAACUUAUCAUGCCUCGGUGGGUAGUGAAGUCGAAAUCCGUGGCGCAUGUUGAGACUACCGUUGCAAGUUUCCAGACCCAGACGCAUUUGCAUCUGAUUGCUCCAGCAAAAUCGUACUGGAGGAGCACCAGCUGCUGGCCUCCAGUUUCGGCCUGUCCUACUCCCGACAACCGAAACGCCGAAUCGUAUGCAAGACAGAUUCGCUGUCCACACACAAAAGAUAGCACGAAACCUGACACCCGGAGCACUUGCGAUGGCAUGUUGAAAACGUGCUAACCAAUGGAGUAGAAAGAGAUUAGAAUAAAUCCUCAGCAUUGAGAAGAGAACCUGUUUUGUAACGAGCAUGCAGAUAAUGACAUGUAAGCGCAGCCAUUGGUUGUACGUGUGCAGCGAAGUUGUAGUGGAUAGACCAGCGAAUCACCCGUUUGGAGCAGCGCAUGGUGUAUCGAAGAAAAAAGCUAUGUUUUUGUUUAGUGUGAGUGUCCUGUCUUGUAGAGCCACAGCAUGCAAAGCAGUUUACUCACAUUUGUCAUGUUGGAUAGGCAUGGAGCCCUCCCCUUUUCAAAUAGCCACUCACGUCGUACUAGUAUACGCAUGACACACCUUCUCAUUUUCAGAUAGGCAUGAAGCACCUUUUGGUAUCGGCAUAGAUAAAUAGAUAAAAGCCUAUCGUGCCAAACUAUGUUUAGCACGAUAGGCGGUCUAUUUAUCGUAAUACCGGGCUGUAGGCUUCUCAAUCUCAUGCGGUCGCGCCAACAAACUUAAACUAAAAGAGUUUUUUUCCUGCGAUAUGGCCACCGCCGAGAACCGGGUCACAAACGUGGAGGGCUCCGUGGUAGGACUCUCAAACCGCAUGAAUACGGUUGAGAACCGAGUCGACAAGGCGGAGGGUAAGAUUGGCAUCCUCGAGAUUGCCGCCGAGGAGACCAAAAUUGCGCUCGAGGCGGACGAGUAUAAGGCUAUCCGAUGCAAAUAUGUCACGGACUGAAAAGUAUGAACUGCAAAUGUGUCCGGGUCUGGAGGCGUGGAGCUUGUGAUGCUGUCUUGUUUGGAUACUCAUUAUAUAUAACACCUGUAUUGCAUGACCAGCUAGAAGAGUCCAGUUUGUGCUAGUACGCGGAGGGUGCAUUUUUCAUGCGGACUCGGCAUCAGAAAGUGAAAGGGUUCUGGAAAUCUGUGAUGCUAAGUCAUGCAAUACAGGCGUUAUGGGUCAUGCAAAAUUAUAUGCAUGACAAGCCUGGCAAUCUUCCAGACCCAGGCAUAAUUGCAGUUGAUAGAAAGCAGAAAUGUCACUUCGUUGUAGUGCUCCGGAUGGCGUCGCCAGUGGCUGUCAAUCACGCCUCAGCAAGAGGUUGCGGCAGCAGGAGCUUCUCGCUCUGCUCGUUGCCAGAAAGUUUGUGGAGCCCAGUUGGUACUAAGUAGCCAAGGUGGCGACUGCACGUGCCAAGGCUCGUCUUGUUCAAGCAUGACAUGGCUUCAAUAAUGUACACACACACACAGAGAAGAAGAGCUAGUGCAAGCUCUGCUUUCCGUGGCAGUGACGUAUUUAUAUUGGAUAAAGAAGAUAGCCGCGCAGCUGACGUCCCUUCGCUCCCGCUACUUCGCUGGGCCGGUGUUCGCCGAGAUGCAGGAGGCAUUGGAGUAUCCUGAUGAAAAUUAUGGAAACUACCCUAGAAAUUGGCCACGCAUGUUUGACAUGAUCAACUAGCAACGCAGAGACUGUGCUUUAUAAUUCUUGCGCUCGGUCUCGGAUAAGGAUUGCAUUACAAAAUCGGGUAGUUGGAGAUUUUCUCUCCGCAUAUCGGAAACGCGUUUGACAUGCCCUGGACGACGGAAAACAUCAGGGACCUACUUAUGCAUUGCAAAAGGAUCGCACCACUAGCAAUACAUUUAGAGCGCACAACAAUGGGAAGUAGCCUCCCAAGUUGAACACGAGGUCGCAUCGUAAAGCUGCCUAAGGUACUUUGGUGCCAGACUUGUCAUGCAGUCCUGCAAGUAGUGUGAUUGUGAUAUUAUGAGUGCGAUACUUUUGUGAAGAAUACUUCCUAUGCGGUGCAAACAUGUCUAGGUCCACUCUGAGACCCUGACUCGCGGUUGAAUCAACAGGCAGCAUCGUGUAGGAUUGAAACAAGGAUCCAAGCGAGCACAUACAUGACAAAACUCCAGAGCUGAGAUGCCUAUAUACGUGGCGCGCAUGAUAGUUAAGUACGCAGCUCCUGUGCCUCUUUACAUGACAAAAGUACAGGCACUGGCGCUGGCUAGACACCCAAUGCAACACUGACAGAGCCCCAGUGGGCAACAAGAACAGGCACCAGUACAACUGUGACGCAUCCUCCUCUUGCAGACUCUGACUAGUUUGCAACGCAUACUGAUGCCCCGGAAGUUCUCGCGGGAAACGGCCCCGGACUGCAUCAACGACGGCUCUGAGUCUCUCCCGGAGCAGAAGCAGGCGCUGCACGUCUGGAAGGAAUACGUACUCGAGUCGAAGUCUGCCUGCGACAAGAUUCUGUUCGACCAGAGCAUCGCCAUGUCGGAAACAGAAAUCAAGGCGCUGCAGAUGUGUAGCGACCUGAUCGGAGACUUCUGCGACGGACUGCAGAUCAAGACGGGGGACAGCAAGAAUUUAACCAUCAACCAGCACGAGACCUUAUGGAGGGGAAGGGAUUGUCUUUCAUCUCUCACACAGAAAAUGAAAACUGCAUCAGCAACAUCCUAGUCCUACAAAGAAAGAAAAUAAAAGCUACACUGUCAUACGCUUACGCACCGGCACGGCAUUGGCAUGCUGUUUUUUCCUUACACACUGGAGCUUUUUUUGGCCAAGUAGAACAACUGCGGAAAGCCAUUCGCUUCCCCUCCAUACAUAAAAACCACUGCGGAUUGCGGCCCAGCUUCCCCGCCGGACGCGCCCUCCGCGUAAGAACUCAUCUACACGCAGCUGGAGCUGAAACUGUACGUCUCUUUAUCACUCAUCUUCCUUGUUCGUCUUCUACAACUACGCUAGGCAAUCACGGACAACAACGGCGCAAAGAGAAAACGGACACCCACGUGGUUUCGCCGGUAUAUUGAGGAAUUUACGUUAGGUUUGAGUUUGUGUUUGUCAUGCAUGAUAUUAUCUCCUUCUUACGGAGGCGAGAAAAAUUUAAUUUUUUUGAAAGAAAAUAGCCACAGAUGCUUUUUUUGUACCUUCAUCUCGCCGAUGCAAGAAAUAAUAAAAUAAACUUCGGAGGUGGACGACUGUAGGGUCGACAGGUCGGGCGGUUCGAGACGAGAUCGACAGGUCGGGCACAGGAACGAACUUCGUGAAAAACGUGUGUUUAUCGGCUGCAAACAUGUCGGGAGCUGGAAACUUUUGUUGCUCAUACCGGGACUGCAUGACGGCCACUCAGACUGCAGAAGAGCAGGAAUAUGACUAAAGGACUCAUUCGUAUUUAGCAUUACAAACUGCGAUCCAGCAUGACAAAAGGAUUUGCCGCUCCUGCCAUUCAUGCGUCACAGAUCUUGCAGUUGUCCUUGAAGGUAUCACAUCACAAAUCCAGGCCCAGACAUUUUUGCAAGGCAUAGGGUGCUUGUCCGCUAACAGGUGUUGCAAAGAUCACCACGAUGUAUUUUACACACCUUUUUCAAUCACAGUGUGCACGGCAUGACAGUUUUGGCAGCUGGCUGCAGAAGAACAAGAACAUAAAAGUGGUGCAUCAAUGUCGUGCGAGAAGUAGAUCUGCAGGGACAGUAGAUACACGCAGACUUUGUCCAACGAAGCAAACACAAUUGGACAUUUCCAUUUGAAGAAUUUAUAAAACGUCGUCAAGCAUCUACUCCACUAUCACUAGUCACACAAAAAUUUACAGGUUUUAGAACAGAAUUUUUUGAUUACAGUAAGUACACUCUUUCGCGAGUACAGGCAAAGCUCGUUCUAAUUGAUAUCCAUUGAAAAGCAUGUGAAGUAGCGUGCAUUUAUUUUUUUGUAUCUCAGAUUCGGUACCAAGUCUUUGCAAUUACGCUGUGUGCGCCUGUCCAAUUGCAAAGAUGAUUGCGACUGCAGCAGCAGCUGGAAUGAGAAUUAGAACACGAAAUACAGAUAAGUCGUCCCAUGUUGGCGGUUAAAUUGGUAGCGACUGAAAUUCAAAUUGUAACUCAUUGUAUAGUAGCAGCAAGUGGCGCAAGAAGCGUCAAUGCUUUCCCCGU